CCAACAAAGGUCACUAGGGGUCACUUGGAGUAUAUGAUGCAAUGUCAGCUGCUAUCAUGUCGUGUUGAUCAAUUUCAGGGCAUACAUGUAAGUGGACAGUUGAGUCAUGAGCAGUUUUUGGAGCCUGCGCCGCACACUACUGGCAGCAGGGGGCGCUGCGGGGACUGUCUACGCAUUUUCAACAUACUCAAGAAGUAAGAGUAAUCAUAAGAAACACAGAGCCCAUGUGGUGGCAGCUGACACCCCCACCCCUGCCCCAGGACCGCUGCCCACACGGGUAGAGAACCUGCGGGCGUUACAGGAGACCCCGGAGUUUGACGUGCUGGUGAUCGGGGGAGGGGCGACGGGAUGUGGGGUCGCACUGGACGCAGUAACAAGAGGGUUAAGAACAGCGUUGGUUGAGAGAGAUGACUUCUCAGCUGGCACCAGCAGCCGCAGCACAAAACUGAUCCACGGUGGAGUCAGGUACCUGCAGAAAGCCAUCAUGGGGCUGGACAAGGAGCAGUAUAACCUGGUUAAGGAGGCCCUACACGAGCGAGCCAACCUGUUAGAGAUAGCCCCGCACCUGUCAGGGCCACUCCCUAUCAUGUUACCUGUCUACAGAUGGUGGCAGCUGCCGUACUUCUGGGCGGGUAUCAAGGCGUACGAUCUUGUAGCGGGGUCUCAGUGUGUGAAGUCCAGCUACAUGCUGACCAAGUCUCGUGCUCUGGAACUCUUCCCCAUGCUGAAGAAAGACAGACUGGUCGGCGCCAUCGUCUACUAUGAUGGCCAACAUAACGAUGCCCGUAUGAACUUGGCCAUCGCCCUGUCGGCGGCACGACACGGGGCUACGGUGGCCAAUCACAUGGAGGUGAAGUCUCUCACCAAGACUACAGACGACAGCGGGAAGGAGGUCAUCUCUGGAGCUGUCAUGAAGGACUGUCUGACUGGUCAAGAGAUCACAGUGAAGGCUAAGUGUGUUGUCAACGCCACCGGCCCCUUCACAGACGGUGUCCGACAAAUGGACAACGCUGAGAUCCCCAACAUCUGCCAACCCAGCGCAGGGGUUCAUAUUAUACUUCCAGACUACUACAGCCCAGAGUCUAUGGGUUUACUGGAUCCCUCGACGAGUGACGGACGUGUGAUCUUCUUCCUCCCGUGGGCGGGACUGACUAUCGCGGGAACCACCGACAGCCCCUGCGACGUUACCCACAAUCCCACACCCACGGAGAAGGAGAUCCAGUUCAUCUUGAACGAGAUCAAGAAUUACCUCAGUCCUGAUGUGUCAGUGAGGAGGGGUGAUGUACUUGCUGCAUGGAGUGGAAUCCGACCGCUGGUGUCUGAUCCCAACUCCAAGAACACCCAGUCUAUCUCCCGUAACCACGUGAUAGAAGUCAGCCCCUCCAAUCUGGUAACCAUUGCAGGAGGGAAGUGGACGACCUACAGGUCGAUGGCCUCUGACACGGUGGAUAAGGCCAUCGAAGUGUGCAGUCUGCAGCCCAGACAUAAGGACUGUCAGACAGACGGACUGAUGUUAGAGGGAGGGGACGCAUACACUCCCACCAUGUUCAUCAGACUGGUGCAGGACUUUGGGCUCGAGAAUGAGGUUGCCCAGCACUUGGCACACACCUAUGGAGACAAGGCCUUUGACGUCGCCAAGUUAGCCCAGAUGACAGGGAAGAGGUGGCCUGUGGUGGGCAAGAGACUUGUGGAGGACUUCCCUUACCUAGAGGCCGAGGUUAAGUACGCAGCGAAGGAGUAUGCGUGUACCGCCAUUGAUGUGAUCGCCAGGCGGACAAGACUGGCGUUCCAGAACGUUCAGGCGGCGGAGACCGCCCUCCCAACUAUCAUCAGGAUACUGGGACAGGAGCUGGGAUGGAACAAACAGAGAUGCAAGGAGGAGGAAGAGGCAGCCAAAGAGUUCCUGUACAUGGAGAUGGGCGGUAAGGCUCAUCUGGACGUACGCGCCCUGAUAACGCCCGACACAAACUUACCCGCUGCCGACAUCGAACGCUACACCAAACGCUUCAACAAGGUCGCUGGAGCGAAAGGGUUCAUCACUCAUGUGGACCUGGGAAAUAUCAUCCAGAACCUUGGGAUUGACAUCUCGGACGACCAACUCCACGACAUGCUGGAAGAAGUUGACACAAACCGGAAUGGACAGGUCGAACUGGACGAGUUCCUACAGUUGAUGAACGCAGCGUAUUUGGGGUACGUGACCCUGUCCCGUCUGGAUCGCAUCAUGGCCCUUACCGACGAAAUGGUGGAGAAGAAGGCCAUACCAACACAUCGCAGUGGGGGCGGGGUCUGAUCGUUUAAAACGCGUACCAAAAAAGUUGAUGAGUUCAGUCAGGGCAGGUGUGAUGAGUACCAGUCGUCUGGACAGGAUCAUGAAGCUGGCAGAAAUCAUCGAAGACCCAGAAAACCCCAUGAAGAAAGCAGAAGACAUUAAAGAAGGUCGUGUCUGGUACUAGAAUAACUUGGAAGAAUCUUAAAGAAAA